AGCAGCAGCCGCCGCAGCCUCAGCGACUACGUAAGUUCAAUUGUUAUCAGUGUCGUGUGUAAAACAGCAGCGGGAGCAAGAGCCAGAGCAACCAUGUCACCGGCUAACAGCGGGCCAGGCGAACAGGUGAAGGCGAGGGCGGGGGCGAGGCAGCCGCCGAAGGCCUGUAGGGGGUGCAGUGGGCUGCAGCCUGGGUCUGGCCUCGUGGAUGUGGAGGAUAUGGGCAACCUGGGCCUGGAGAGGCUCAGGCGCAAGGCGAACAUUGCUCAGCAAAUGUUGACGGAUGUUAUGGAGCAGCUAACAAAGCUGCAGCCGAGCCACAGGCAUCCCACGGAAAGCAAACAAAAAUUUAAUUCCUUAAGACGAUUUAAUCGAAGGAGUAUCAACUUUUCUUUCUUCAAUUCAAGUAAUGUUCCAUGCUAA